AAGAAGGAGGAUCUGCAGAAGCUCAGACGAAACUUCACGUAAAGAUCUGGUUGAGUCAUUUGAUUCAUCAAGGCCUGAAUAUCAUUAGCCUUUGAAUGCAGAAGGAGAAAUGAUUCUCUGUUCUGUCUGAGAGAAUUGAUUUCAAACAGCAGUGUGACUGGAAAAUCACCAAGAGACACAGACCGAGAGAUUAUGUUCCAGUGAACUGACUGAGCUUUAACCAGUUACACAGUCUUAGAAAAACAUCACCCCUUUCACAGCAGGAAGAAACUGUAUACACGUUUUGUGUGAGGAUCAGGCUUCAACUGAUCAUCCAACCUGGACAGACACAAGGACACUGGCACAAUGGAGAAACCAUGGAAAUGUGAGGACUGUGGAAAGGGAUUCAAUUAUCCAUCCCUGCUGGAAAACCAUCGACGUGGUCACACUGGGGAGAAGCCAUUCAUCUGUUCCAUGUGUGGGAAGGGAUUUACUCAGACAACUAAUCUCAUGUCACACCAGCGAGCUCACACUGAGGAGAGGCCAUUCAGCUGCACUUCCUGUGGAAAGAGCUUCAGGUCUUCAUCCAGCCUGAUUGCACACCAGCGUGUUCACACUGGGGAGUGGCCAUUCACCUGCUCCACAUGUGGGAAGGGAUUCACAAUGUCAUCCAACCUGGUGACUCACCAGCGAAUUCACUCUGAGGAGAAGCUGUUCAGCUGCACUUCCUGUGGAAAGAGUUUCAGGCAGUCAGGCCAUCUCAUUGUACAUCAGCGAGUUCACACUGGGGAAAAGCCAUUCAGCUGCACUGACUGUGGAAAGCAUUUUAGACAGUCGAACGAUCUCAUUUCACACCAGCGAGUUCACACUGGGGAGAAACCGUUUACCUGUUUAAUGUGUGGGAAGAGAUUUACCACAUCCUCCAACCUGCUGAUACACCAACACACUCACACUGGAGAGAAGCCUUUCACUUGUUCCCUGUGUGGAAAGGCAUUUGCUCAGUCACGAGACCUGCUGAGACAUCAGCAAAUUCACAAGUGAAUGCAGGGUUUGGAUUCUGUUGUUAUGUUGCUGUUAAUCACGUCAAGGAUUGAUAGUCUGACAAUAUUAUGUUUGUUUCUGCUGAUGUUAACAAUCCCUAUAACUGGAUGGAGUUUAACAUCCUGGAUUUGCCACUGAUUUUUGGGGCUGCAGUAUCCCUUUUUAAAAGCACCAUCUGCGAUCUCUCCCCUUAAUACAAGAGCUCUCUACAGGAACCUUUUUUUUAAAAUAUAAAAUGAACUUUUACUUCAUCCUAAAUUGAUCUUUGCAAAUCUACAUUUGGUGUAUGUAAGGUGAUAGACUCAUAGACGUCCACAGCACAGAAGGAGGCCAUUUGGUCCAUCGUGUCCACGCCGCUAAACAAAGAUCAGACUGCACCAGUCCCUUUUUUCCAGCACUUGGCCCAUAGCCCUGGAGGCUAUGGCAACACAA